CCGUCUAUUCCACCGACAUACAACAUGGCUGACGCACCUGCUCCCGCUCGCGGCGGAUUCGGAUCUCGUGGUGAUCGUGGAGGUGAUCGUGGCCGUGGCCGCGGUCGUGGACGCGGUCGCCGUGGCGGAAAGACCGAGGAGAAGGAAUGGCAGCCCGUUACCAAGCUCGGCCGUCUCGUAAAGGCUGGCAAGAUCAAGAGCAUGGAGGAGAUCUACCUCCACUCUCUCCCCGUCAAGGAGUACCAGAUCGUCGACUUCUUCCUGCCCAAGCUCAAGGACGAGGUCAUGAAGAUCAAGCCCGUCCAGAAGCAGACCCGUGCCGGUCAGCGUACCCGCUUCAAGGCCAUCGUCGUCAUCGGUGACUCUGAGGGCCACAUUGGUCUCGGUAUCAAGACGUCCAAGGAAGUCGCGACCGCCAUCCGCGCCGCCAUCAUCAUCGCCAAGCUCUCCGUCGUGCCCAUCCGAAGAGGCUACUGGGGAACCAACCUCGGUGAGCCUCACUCGCUGCCCACCAAGGAGAGCGGAAAGUGCGGUUCCGUUACCGUCCGUCUCAUUCCUGCUCCCCGCGGUACUGGUCUGGUCGCUUCCCCCGCUGUCAAGCGCCUGUUGCAGCUCGCUGGUGUUUCCGACAUUUACACCGCCUCGGCCGGCUCCACCAAGACGCUCGAGAAUACGCUGAAGGCUACCUUUGUCGCCGUCGCAAACACCUACGGUUUCCUCACACCCAACCUGUGGAAAGAGACGAAGCUCACUGAGAGCCCGGUUGCAGAGUUCUCAGAUCUCCUGCGCGAGGGCAAGAGGUACUAGAGAGGGGGUUUUGGGCGACAUGGGUCUUUUCUAGCAUUCCAGGGUUAUGGCGCGAGGCAAUGCAUUCGGGUCAUCACCUAUGUAUCCAACGAUAGUGCUGGGUCACCCGGCAUGAAAAUGAACAAUUUCAAACUUGCGCUUCCCCUUGCUCCUCCAUUUUUUUCUUUUGCUCCCUGUUUUACCAUUUCCAAUACCAUGCACUGCCGAACUUUGCUCCCCUAUACACACAGCGGCCUUGAUGCACACCUUGAGCUU